UCGCCACGGCUUGAGUCAGGUGGUGAUUAUGCAAAUUCGCUGAAAUCCAUUCGCCACACCCAAUCAUUUCCACAACUCACGGCUUGGUGUGUUGUGGGGCAAGAUCAUUUCCUUCGACCAGUCGACCAUGCAGGUUCUUUGGUUGCUUCUCUUGGUAUCCUAUCUAAGUGCAACACGGGGCGAUGGCAACUGCACCACCUGCGCUGCGUGGGUGGAUCGUGCGGUGUGUGGCUUUAAUAAUAGAUGCUACACCAGUUUCAAGAGCUCCUGCGAACUGGAAAUGAUCAAUUGCAAGCUACCGGAGGCGUACAAGUUUAAGGAAACGCCCUUUUAUGGACACUGCUUCAGAUCCACGGUGCAAAAGUGCAAAGCAUUUGUUUUGCUAGAGCAGCUGAACAAAAAAGACAAGUCCGUGGAAAUGUUCGCUUAGGCAGUUACAUUUAUUAAUAAUAUAAUAUAGCUCGAAGUUGUGCCAAAUAAUAUUAAAAAAAACCAUAUCUUCA